CUUGGCGCUGGGGCGGAGGAGCAGAGGGCGAUCUUAAAGGGGCCGCACAGGUCCAGCUUGGGGGGCCAGUCUAUCACCUCAGUGCAGUUGAGGAGGCGCCUGGGGAUCAUGGAGUCCCGCAGAAUUGCUGGCCGCUCGCACACGUGAUCAUAAGGUUCCUCAGCGCUCACAUGGUCAGAAGGAUUUCAUCCCUGAUGGAUCUGAAGAACAGGAGGAGAAGCUGCGUCAGUGCCGGGAAGAGCACUGGCAGCUUUUGGAGGAGGAACGUGUGGAGCGGUUGUAUGUUUUAAUAGUAAUAACAAAGAAGUUUGCUUUCUUCUGUCCUUAGCCUGUCUAGUGUGUAUGUCCGAUAUCUGAUAGUUUUGGAGUUGGAUGUCACCAGUAUGUUGAGGACACCUGACUCUAUAUUUUUUUCCCAUCCAAUUCCAAGGAAGCUGCCCCUAUACUAAACCAUUGCAUGCUAUAAGUAAUGGACUGGAUGAGGGCAAAGAAACUGAAACUUUCUGUUGCCUCUCUAAUUUAGUACCAUAUCCAAUUCCUCUUAAACAGACUCCUGACAGAAAUUUCUAAGGCUUGUUCAUAAUAAAAUGAUGUUGCCUGCUCAAGUUCAGAUCUAGUAAUGGAACAGUGGGUGGGAGGGGAGGUUCUAUCCAGUGGUGAUGCAGCCACAAGGAAAGAUUUAUUCCAAAAUCUGUCAUCUUCAUCUUAAACCCCAUCCCAUACUGAAAUAAAAUCAUUUCUGGAAAAACUGCCCCUUUUUAUCUGUGUACUUGGACUGGUGUGGCAGUUUAGGUUGGAUCCAGAAUGGUGGGAGUUCUACUUCAGGAUUUAGUGGCCUUGACCUAUUUUGAGAACAUGAUAGAACCUUGUACAGUACCAUCUGCUAAGACUAAAAUGGUUUCUCAGUUCUUUUUCAAUUAAGAUAACUAGCUGUUCAUAGGAAGAUGUUCGAAGGAAGAGAACAUAAAUUCUUCUAAAAUGUCUUUUGUAGGGGAAGCCUGGUGAAAGCUGAGUGGAAGCCUAAGGAAGGUAUUGUGGAGCUGCAAUCUCCUGCUGGGAAAUUCUGGCAUACCAUGGGGUUUAUGGAUCAUGGUAAGCAAUGCCUCCUUCCAGAAGAAGCCCUCUAUCUGCUAGAGUGUGGAUCUAUUCAGCUAUUUUACAAAGACCUGCCUUUGUCAGUCCAGGAAGCCUAUGAGAAUCUGCUAUCCCAGACGUCGGUGAGCCUGCUGAAGUACCAGGUAUACAGCCAUUUGAAGAGACUGGGUUACAUCAUCUUGAGAUUCCGUCCCAGGUUCCUGUACAGCUCGGUUCCAACACGUUAUGAGAGGCAGCUGAAUCUGGACAGCCACUAUCAAAGUACAGAAGGAGACAGACACAAGAGGAAAAGGAGCUCCAGUUCUUGGUUACAAGAUGAGAAACCCCAAACUUCUGAAAAAUCUCAGGAAUGCAAAGAAUCACCAAAAAAGGCCAGAAGGAAUCAUGAGAGAAGCAGUCACCCACCAUCUGACAGCUCAUCAAAAGAAAGAAAGAAGGCCUCAGAUCUUAAAACCACUAUUGCAGAGCUAGUACCAUCUUCCAGCACAACAGGGCAGUGUGAGGAACCUCCAGCAUGUAGUCAACAGAGAUCUAAGAAGACCACUUGGGAAUGUUACGAUGAUGUUCGUCCUUCUCGCUGGGAUUUCACCACAAUUACUUUCCCCAAUGUAGGUGCUGACUGCCCCCACACUCUCCUCCCACAGCCUGAUAAGAGGCUUCUCCCAGAGAAUGUAACAGCACGAGAGGUGGAUGUGACUGGUUGGCGCAGGCGGCUCAAUCAAAAGCAUGAACGGUUGACCCGCAAAGACCGUGAACAGCUGAAGUGGGAGAGCAGGUACAAGAGCAAUGUCAAUGAGGAUAAAGAGGUCAGACAUUGCUCCAACUGGCGAGAGUACAAGGCACUUUUGGAAAAAAGGAAGCUGUGGAAAGAGAAGAGCUGCCCUAAACACCUGUGGGAACAGGCAGUCACACCUCUGGUAAAGCCAGACCAAGGGCUUUCAACAGUUGAUGUCCUCCAACAGAUCAGUUUGUUCCAGACCUCCCACAUCUUGGACAAGGCAUCUCAACUGCAGAACAAUUCCAGAGGCCUGGCGAUAGAUUUUGAUGUUUAUCAAGCAGAUGUAGCUUCAAGCUUUAAGAAGAAUGACCUUGGGAAGCCUUAUGUCCGGAUGUGUGUUCGAAGGUUUGAUGAAGAGAUCCCUUCCCUGAGAGUUCUGAAGGAACUUGCUUACCAAAGUGGAGACGUCCCAGUGGUCUUUGCAUUAGUAGACAAUGGAGACAUCGCUUUCUACUCUUUUAAGGAGUUCAAGCUGCCAAUUGAUGUCUGUUCCUGAGAGGACUGCUGAUACUUGGAGAAGCAUCUUUGGAUCUGGUGUUUACAGAUAAAUAAAAUGUUACUCAGGACUCAACUUCUGAUUUGUUCACCUGGAUACAAAACAGAAUUUCAAGACCACCAACACUGUGCUUCCCAUGGAUGCAAAUUAAGUGUAGAAAUAACCUCCCCACUUCACAAAAGCAAAAUAACUGUUCAAACAAAAUUUUUCCCAGCUGCAAACACAUAAUCAUUUUAUUCUUUUAAUUCAAGUUUUUACCUGAUCAUAUCUGUCCCUGCAAACUUCUAGAAUAAACACUAGUCUGUGUGUAGUA